AUAUCACAGCUUGCUAUUGUAGUAUGAGUUUCGCACACACAGUCAUUUCACAACGUGCAUAAUAAUACAUUUAUGUGUACGUGUAUAUCAUGGUGUCACGAGUAGAUAUCUCUUACAGCUACCCAGUUUCGUUGAAAUAGUUUUCUCUAGAGUUUAUAUAUAGUAAUGGCUGAAAAGAUUGAAAUAGAGAAAGCCUCUAGUUCUUCACAGAACCUGAUAUGUCCGCUAUGUCUUGAUAUUUUUGAUGAACCGACGAUCCUGAUGUGCGGACACACUUUCUGUCGAAAGUGUCUCAAGAAAUAUGAUCUAACCCACCAGGACAUUGACCACAUGGUCUGCCCUCUCUGCAGGGAGAUCACCAAGUUGUCUGCCAACCGUGUCGACGAUCUCCGCCUCAAUGUCUCCAUUUACGGAUUCGUAGACGAUUACCACGCCAAGUGUGGAGGGAUGAAUUCUGUUCUAGAAAUGAACCAUAAAUGCACAGCUUGCAAGUUUCAAGAAGACGCUGUCUCCUUUUGCAGAACAUGUAAUAACUACAUGUGUGAUAAAUGCAUUCAAUGUCAUCAACGUCUUAGUCUGUUUGAGGGUCACGAGAUUGUCUCCGUGGAGGAUGUCAUCGAAGGGAAGGUCAGCAUUGGUCAUCAAUGCGAGAAAUGCUCCAUCCACAAACAAGAGAACAAAGAUAUGUUUUGUGAUGAUUGCAAGGUCCGUGUCUGUCACAAGUGCGUACUCGUUGGCCACAAGGCUCAUGGUAUCAAGAACCAGUCGGACUUCGAGCAGGAGUUGAGGCGAAAGGUGACAGACCUUGCCCAGCAAUGUGCAGCUAAGAAAGCUGAGCUGGAAAAGAACAUUCAGAAUAUAGAAUUACAACGUCAUGAGGUACACACUGCCAUGCAGAAACUACUAGCUGAUGUCAGGCAGUCUUACAGCAUCAAGGUCAAAGAGCUGGAAGGAAAUCUUCAAGAUCUCAUCGAGCAAAUAAAUGAAUUGAAGCGAGGUUUCGAGGAUGAUCUCAACAUCUUAAAAUCCAAGGAUCGACAGAGGAUCAAGAGCAUUUGUAGUUCGAUUACAUUGGUAGAUAAUGACAGACUGGGUCAUCUUGAGAGAGACAGUCUUUCUGCCCAUAAUUUGCUCUGUGAUGAGCUAGGUACUAUGCUGAAAGAGGUUACCGAUCGCACUACUGCGGAAGUUAUUACAAAGAAAGCACAUGAGAAGAGAUUCAAUCCUGCAGAUGCCUCUUGUCUUGACCUCGGGUGCAUCUCUGGAUGGGAUCCCAAGUUAGAAACCAUGAAGUGUAUAGAUCUACGGGGACAAAUGGUUGGAAUGACAGCUUACACUCAUACCAGUGUGGCCAUCGUAUAUGGGAUUAAUACACGAGGUAUUGAUAUCAUUGAUACAGCUGGUGGAACGGAGCGGUAUACAAACAUACCACAUGACAUGCAUGGUUAUGGUGAUAUUGUGAUUCAACGAGACAGUGAAUCAUGUGUCUCAACUGGUACUACAGAAGCACACAUGUAUUCUCCCAAUGGCUCCAGGAAAGCAACAAUCAACGUGAGUCGGACUCGUUAUUAUCUCAAACUGAACAGAAGUCCAUCAAAUGAGAUCAUCAUUGCUAACGGUGCCAACAAAGUCUACAUCUAUGACCCGACUGGAUCCACUCUCAAACACACUGUUCCAACAAAGCACAAGACAUGGCAGGUAUCAUCCACCAGGUCUGGUUUGAUCAUCACCAGUUCUUGUCAUCUCACCAAUCCAAACGUGGUGACGGUCUAUGACAGGGAUGGGAAUGCUGGUGAGUCUCUGCAAGCUCCAAAGGAUGUCUACCUGUAUGCUGCCGUGGAUGAGCAGGACAGGGUGUAUAUAGCGAGUGUUGAUAGGAAGAAUAGGAAGGUGGUGAUCAGGCUCUAUGAUCUUGAUGGUCUGAACCUGAAGGAAAGAGUUGAGUUUAAUGCACUUGACAUGACAUUGGGUGAUAAUUGGUGUUACUUGGUGUCCCUCUCUCCGGACCUACUCGCCUUUGCUUGUAUGAAGAAGUUAUAUUUCAUCAAGGUAUCGCUGUAAUAAAGAGUAUACAUGAACUAUUGACUUUUAUGAGAUUAUUUAUAGUGUAUCUGAAAUGAGAAUCCAAUAUGUUUGUAAACACCUUUCUGAAUUUGUUUACAUUUUGUGGUGUGUAUAUACACAUAAAUCUUAACACGAAUCGAAGAACGUUCAUACACAUAAAAUAAUUUAAUGAAUGUAACUCGAGUAUCAAAAGACCAUUAUUUUUAAUUAUUUCGUGAAUCUGAAUUAACCACACAGUAAAAAAAAAAAAACACGUUGUUUAAGCCUGUCACUCUAAUAACAAGUUGUUUCACUUUCUUUGUAAUUGUUUAAACAUUUUAAAAAACUAGUUUUUAAGUUGUUUUUAAAAUAAACAGAUGUUUAAAGGGUUUAACAGUAGUCGUUAGAGUGUCGGGCUUAAACAACGUGCUUGAAAUCGUAAAUAGCGUUUUUACAGUGUAUUGCUGUUGUUGUCAUUCAACUCGUGUAAUUAACAUGAUUAAGCCAGCGUUUAAUAUUUUGGGGUCUCUGUUAUAGAGAAUUCGAUGAAAGGCUAAUGUAUUAAACGAACUUUAUAUUUUGUGAGUUAUAAGAUUUGCUUUUGGAAAUUGUGUACAAUCGAUUUGCUGUUUUGUUGCAAGCCAGUCUAUAUUAUUUGUGGAUAUACGUAAAUAUGAUCUCGAAAUUUUAGAUUUUUUCUGUCCAGUGUUAUGAUGUGAAAAUUAAAGGCCUAAUAAUUACGGAUAUCAGCUGAAUUCUUUCCUAUUCGACCGUAAAACCAUUAAUCUGAAUAGGCCUUAAGUUCUUCUUGUGUGGAAUGUAUAGUCCCCACAAACCACUUGAUAUAUUAAUAUUUUCAUUUUAUGAAAUGUCCAUAAUUACAGGAAUAUUAAUUUUGUAUUAAAACACCCCGCUGAAUGAUUAAUGUUUAUAAUCAGUCACUACAAAUACAAACUACGAUGUUAAAAUAUUUCAAUUUCACUAGUGCAUCCAUAUACAUGUUUUUAUAUCAAAGAACUUGUUAUUCUUUUUUUUACUAGAAUUUUUUUGGCCUUUAUUCAGAAUACAAUACAUCAUAAUAUAACAAAGGUAUAAGUAGUAAUAUUUUCGUGAAUGGCACAUUGUCAUACGUUCUGUUUCACAAAAUUCAGGUUAGCUUAAUAAAUGAUUAAAUUUCCAUGAAAUAUAAUAACAAAAACAACGAAUCAUAUAAAGAAAUAAUACUUUGAACAUUAUUGAAAUCAAUAUAAAUCAUGAUAAUUUGAAUAAGGAAUUUCUUGUGAGAAAAUAUGAAUGGUGUACAUUAAGCCAAUAUAACACGGUGUAUUUAAUUAAAUUUCUCAAUAU